UGAGGUUGCUUAAUUGUCAUUUCAUGGAGUUGCAUUUGAUACCACAUUAUUUCUCCGACAAUAUUUCUCCGACAAAUAUCGUUUUCCUUGUUCCGGUUACAUCUUUGUGGGACCCACCUAUCGUAGUUAACGUCGGUCAAAUCGUCUGAGCCUACCACAGAAUCGAAUUGAGAUCGCCUGGAAAGGCAACAAAAGGCCGCGAUUUACCAAUAUCCUGUAGGUUGGCGGAGGUCUAAACUCUGAAGAAACGUGAAAUCCCUACUGUCACUACCAUUAUUAGCAGAUUAAUCAUCUCCUCUUUCUCAUUAUUUCAACCAGGAGAUUUUAAUGUUGUCCAGGGUUUAGGUCUUCUUGAUUAGGUCUUCCCAGAAGAAGAAUCAUUUAACUACUCACAAGAAGAUUUUCUCUGGGGAGAAGCACAAUCAAGGUUCAACAAUAGGUUCCGUUUUCAGAACAGGUUCUACUAUCUCAGAAAAAUGCAACAUUAUCAAAGACCUUCUUUACAAGUCCCACCCUCAAAUAUGCCGCAGAUGCAGCCACCACCAUCUCAUUUACCCCUCCUACCACACUCUCAUUUGUCUCGCCCUCCCCCAAUGGCAGGUUCUUUGCCCAUGCCCUCGAUGUGUAACUCACCACAAUUGCCACCAAUGCCCGUUCAAAUGCAAAGGUCUUCUUUACAAGUCCCACCUUCAAAUAUGCCGCAGAUGCAGUCACCACCAUCUCAUUUAUCCCUCCUACCACAUUCUCAUUUGUCUCGCCCUCCCCCAGUGGCAGGUUCUUUGCCCAUGCCCUCGAUGUCUAACUCACCACAAUUGCCACCAAUGCCUGUUCAAAUGCAAAGGUCUUCUUUACAAGUCCCGUCCUCAAAUAUGCUGCAGAUGCAGCCACCACCAUCUCAUUUAUCCCUCCCACCACAUUCUCAUUUGUCUCGCCCUCCCCCAAUGGCAGGUUCUUUGCCCAUGCACUCGAUGUCUAACUCCCCACAGCAAAGACCUUCUUUACAAGUUCCAGCCUCAAAUAUGCCGCAGAUGCAGCCACCGCCAUGUCAUUUAUCCCUCCCACCAUAUUCUCAUUUGUCUCGCCCUCCCCCUAUGACAGGUUCUUUGCCCGUGCCCUCGUUGUUGAACUCACCACAAUUGCCACCAAUGCCCGUUCAAAUGGGGAGGCAAGGUUCGGCGAAUCAUACGGUGCAGCCAAUGCCACAAGGACGUUUGAUGCAUAUGAAACAAAUGCAUUCAAGAUCUGUACCAGCUGAUGCUCUACAGCAACCCCCACAUGGUGGUUAUGCGAAUGGGAUGCCUAAUAUUCAGGGACCUUCAGGACCAAGUGGACCCGGCCAAAUGUAUCCUCCAUUGGGUGGUCCUUACAACCACGGACAACCUGUUCAAAUGUCAAUGGUUGCAGCACUUAAUCCGUUCCAGAAUGGUGGUACAUACAAUCGUAAAAGGUUUCCUGAGGAGGGAUUCCCUAGGGAGGCCACUUCCCCUAGUUAUGCUUCCUAUCUAGAGACACUUAUGCGGGAUAGUGGACCCCCACCAGCAGUUGGCACUUGGCCUCAACCAAGGAGGAAAGGGUUUGAUGAAGAAUCUGCUUUAGCAAGAGACUCGAGACAACAUGACAAGCCUUAUGGCGAUUCAUUCCGUGAACUGGACAGAUUGCAGGAACCCAAGAAAUAUUGCGAGAUUGAUAAUUUUCAAGUAGUGGAUAAAUAUCCAGAUAGCUAUCGUGGCUUCGACAGCUACUACAACCAUGGACAUGAUGGGCCUGGGAUGCUUAGUAGAUGUAAUCAUUUUCCACCUGAUGAUCUUGAUCAUAGGCCACGUAUAUCCCUAACCACAGAAGUUAGCCAUGAACAGUCUUGCCAUGAUUCCCGUGAAUGUGAUAAAAAGAGUUCGAGUCAAGAGAGAGAUCAAAGUCCAGAAAGAACUGAAAUGGCUAUAGAAAGAGAUGUCCAACAUCAACAAGAUGGAGGAGGUGAGAGAAUACAACAAAUACAGCAAAAACUGCAACAGCAGCAGAAACAACCGCAGCAACAACUACUUGAGGUUGAUGAAAUCCAGCCUGAGCCUUCUUCUAUUCUUGAAGAAAGAAUAACUUGUAUCAAGGAACUGCAGAAACUGCAACAGCAGAAGAAACAACUGCCUCAGCAACUACUUGAGGUUGAUGAAAUCCAGCAUGAGCCUUCUUCAGAUGGUAUUUCAUCUUCUAUUCUUGAAGAAAGAACAGCUUGUAUCAAGGAACUACAAAAACUGCAACCGCAGCAGAAACAACAGCAACUACUUGAGGUUAAUGAGAUCCAGCUUGAGCCUUCUUCACAUGGUAUUUCUUCUUCUAUUCUUGAAAAAAGAACAACUUGCAGCAAGGAAGAUCAAUAUCCAAAAGCUAUUAUGGAAGCUAAUGAGAUCAGUGGUCCAGCUGCAGUGAUGAGAUUCUCAAAUGAUCCUGAGGUUUUACAGAAGUUGGGGGAUGGUAUAGGCUUUGGAGUUUCAAGUGAUGUUGUCAAACCAACUGAAUAUAAUUCACCAGAUGAUAAUGCAGAAGAUAAAUCUGCCAAAGAGGACACGUCGACUUCUUCUGGCAUUUCUUCUUCUAUUCUUGUAGAAAGAAUAACAUGCAUCAAGGAAAAUCAAUAUCCAAAAGCUAUUAUGGAAGCUAAUGAGAUCGGUGAUCCAGCUGUAGUGAUGAGGUUCUCGAACGAUCCCGAGGUUUUACAGAAAUUGGGGGAUGGUAUGGACUUUGGAGUUUCAAGUGAUGUUGUCAAUCCAACUGAAUAUAAUGCACCAGAUGAUAAUGCAGAAGAUAAAUCUGCCAAAGUGGACACGUCUGUUCAUCAGACAGAUGGUGUUGGCGACAUUGAGGAAAUGGAUAGGUUGCCGAAAGAAGAGAGGAUUAGAGAAAAAAGGAAAAUGAGUCAGUCACGGAGCAGUUAUAGGAAAAAGAUAAAAAGAUCAGUAAGGAGGGCUGCACUGGCUGCACAAUCGAGAGAAGAUAAUGCUCCUCAUUGUGAUACUGGUCAUGAAAGAAAGGAGUGUGUAACAGCUACUUCGGGAAACACUCUCCCUAUUGUAGAAGAACUUGAGAUUGGUAAUCUCCAGCAUGACUUUUCCUCAGAUCCUAUUUCUGCCUCUAUGCCCGAAGAAAAUGUUGAAGAACUAAUGUCUUGCAUCAAGAAAGAUCCAUAUUUAAAACCUAUUGUAGAAGAUAUCGAGAUUGGCGGUCCAACGAAGGAAAUGGAUAGGUUGCUGAAAGAGAGGCUUACAGAAAUAAGGAAAAUGCCUAACAAGCAACGGAGCAGUAAGAGGAAAAAGUUCAAAAGAUUAUAUGAAAGGGCUGCACUGGCUGCGCAAUCAUCAAAUAAUGCUCUUUAUACUGGUCAUGGAAGAGAGGAGUGUGUAGCAGCAGUUGCUUCAGGAAACAUUGUGGCAAUCCCUAAUGUAGAAGAACUUGAGAUUGGUAAUAUCCAGCACGAUUUAUCCUCAGAUCCUAUUUCUACCUCCAUCUCCGAAGAAGAUCUUGAAGAACUGAUGUCUUGCAUCGAGAAAGAUCCAUAUUUGAAACCUAUUGUAGAAGAUAUCGAAAUUGGUGGUCCAACAGUAAUGAUGAGGUACUUGAAUGAUCCUGAGGUACUGCAAAAGUUGGGGCAGGCUAUGGGUUUUGGCCUUUCAGGGGAAAUUGUAGAUACAACUGAACCUAAUGCUCCAGCUGAUUAUGCAGAUGAUAAAAGUACCAAAGAGAAUGAUUCGAUUGUCUAUGCUGGGCACAAGGGGAACCGUGGGCACAAGGAUGUUGGCAACGAAGGGGUUUUAGUGCCAAUAUGGAAUGAGGCUAUUGCAGCAGAACAGGUUAAUUUUUAUGGGUUUUGUUAUAACUGUCGUGAAAGGGGGCAUAAGGCAUCGCAAUGCCCUAAAGAGAAGGUGCAAGCAGGAGACAAACGUGAGCAAUCAAACACUGGGGUUGGAAUCAGUAAUGUGCAACCUCGUGACGAGGUUGUAGCACCAGCAUGGAACGAGGCUAUUGCAGCAGAGCCAAAUUUCAAGCGAUUUUGUUAUAACUGUCGUGAAAGGGGGCAUAAGGCAUCGCAAUGCCCUAAAGAGAAAGUGCAAACAGGGGAUGAACGUGAGAAACCAAACACUGGGGUAGGAAACAGUAAUGUGCAGCCUCAUGGCCAGGUUGUAGCACCAGCAUUGAAUGGGGCUAUUGCAGCAAAACCUACUAAGUUCAAUCGGUUUUGUUAUAACUGUCGUGAAAGGGGGCAUAAGGCAUCACAAUGCCCUAAAGAGAAGGUGCAAGCAGGAUACAAACUCGUGCAACCAGACACUGGGGGCCGCAAACAGUAAUGUGCAGCCUUGCGGCCAGGUUCAACUCUUAGCUGUGCACCCUCGUGAGAUUGAGAAUGCUACACUGGGAGGUGUUAUUCGGGAUCGAGAAAGAACUUGGGUGAUUCCAGUUGUGGGUGGAUAUCGAGAAGAUAUCUAGCCGAGGGUGGAUAUCUACACUUGUACUGUUUUAAUUUCUUUCUCAGUGGGAUAUUUGUUUUGGUAGUUUGUUGUUUUCCAUUGGGAUUGGAAACCCUCGGCAAAGUAAUUGUGUACUCGGAUCUUCUGUGUCAUUGAGAGCCAUGAAAUUGCCGACAUAUGCUUAUGUAAUCAUCGGCUGGAUUAUGUGAAAACUCGGGCGUUACAACUGCACUACCAAUGUUAGCGACAUUGAGUUACAGGGUAUAAAGACAACAUCUGCAAUCUGAGCUGAUUAAGAUAAAACAAGAUUGAGAGAGAAGGACAGCUUUAUGGAUUUUCCAACAACAGCUCAAAGAAUUCAUGACAAGUUCUCCGUGUUAUCUUGUUACGCCACUGUUUAUUUCUCUUUUUCAGAUCGAGGGCUGAAUGUGCUCUGUGGAAGGUGCAUCUUUUACUCAAGCUCGUGUGUCUCUUUGGGGCAGAAAAUGUUUAUCCAAAUUUCUCAUUUGAAUAACACUUUCUUUUUAAUGCUGGUAAAAGCAUAAAAGCUUCGAUUUUGUAGAAUGACUAGUCACAUUUUCAUUGCUUGAGAGGAAGUUUUAUCAAGGAUUUUCGAGAUCUUGAUUAAGAAGAUUCAUACUGUAAUCAAGUUCGGUAGAUGUUAAUUCUGUAUUACCUGGCGAAUUGUUACAUCUAUUUUGUAGCUUGUGUUUUCCAGAAAGUGAAAGCAGUCUGUCCAUGCUACAGUUAAUUGUUA